AUCGCUGCGCCUCUCGUCCGUGCCGAUCUGCUGGUUGUUCACGACUGCACAUACGCACCAUCCACCAACACCUACCCACUACAGACGUUUCCGCCUCUGUGUGUGCGGUCUGUACCGGGCAGAUGAAGGUGAGAAACUGACCGUAGUAUCGUCCUCAAGUGUUUGUUCUACGCAUGCAGGCCGCAGUCAGACAAAAACAGCACCCGCACUCCACGGAUGUAUCCAACACACUCAUUUCAUGCCUCGGCUACAAGUCCCUCCCUCCUUGCCUUCCCUGUAGUCUACACGUUCACACCAGUGAGCUCUGCUCUGCUCGUCUCUGCUCUGUACCACCAUCGUCGGCACCGCAUCAUUUCAACGCACUCGCGCAUUUAGGCAGACAGGCAGCCACCAGGUGGUGACUCACUCACUUGCACACCAAAAAUGCACGCACACGCCUGGCUGCGCUGGCUGGGUGGGUGGAUCGAUGGGCGAUGGGGUGGGGGUUUGUAGACGCACACACAUACACCGUAUACAAAUACAUACACACACCAUCUCACAGCAGGUACGACAGACAGCGGGAUAGACACGUGAAGCAGAUCCGUUUCAGUGUUGGUGGUGUAUACUCUUCAAGGAAGAUACAUACGUGUGGGUAGACCGAUCCUGUUCUGUGUCUCUUCCGUCCGUCCGUCCGUCCGUCGGUCAAUCAGGCAGGCAGGCGAAACCUUAAAACGCGGGCGGACACCACACGCGCAUCCACGGCAAACAAAAGGAAAGGGGGCCGGCCACACAAUCAACCAUCGUGAUGCGGAAAAAUGUCCAUUACAACUCUGCCUGUGCUGCUGCUCUCGCCUCCUGGCUGACCUUGGUUACGACCCGCACGUUGUCGGAAAGCGCCACGUGGCUGCUGAGCCAUCUGACGCAGUCCAACAGACCAGCGGACGUACCAAGAUGGACCCAGGCAGGCAGGCGUGGGCAGAUUCUCUCUCUGUCUGAUUGUACAAUUGCAUCCGUGUACAUCAAUCCAUCCAGCCAGCCAGCCAGCCAUCCUGCCCUUUAAGAAACGCUAUCAAAACGGAACACAGCGCACAGACGUAUGCAUACGUACGCACACAGUCUUCGAUCGGGGCCCCCUGCUCACUCAUUCGCGCACACGUCGUGGAUAUGGAUGCUUAGCUGGCUAGCUGCCCCCCGCAGCGGCAGCAGCAGCAGCUGAUGCGGCCGCCGGCUGUCGCCCGCCAUUAUCGUCCUGCUGUGCCGCCUGUGCCGCCUCUGCGUUGGGGUCUGGGUUGACCAGCGUCAACAGCACCUCAAAUGUGUCCCUGACACACACACACACGUGGAUAUCAAUGGAGGAGCAUUCGUGUGUGUGGGGGGCUGUGGAUGGGUCAGUAUACCUGGCGCUGAUGUUCUUGAUGGAGUAUGUGGUGCCGGGGGGGACGCGGAUCCAGUCGUCUGAUGGAUGGAUGGAUGAGACGAGACGAGACGCCGAGAGGUGGAUGGACACACUGUGUGGGGCCAUGUGUGUGAGAAGGUGGACUUACCGAGUCCGGCGUAUUCCUCUCGGUUGCCCAUGGUGACGAGCAGCGUCUUGUCGUCGUCGGGACCGUCAACGACCUGCAUCAACUGCACAACACAACACCAUACAGCACAGGAAGGAAUGGCCGACAAACCGAUGGAUGGAUGGACAGUUCGGUGGUUGGUUUGUGCCGGCUGACUGACCAGCCAUUUGUCUUCGGACGAUUCGAAUCCCUUUUGGUCUCCAGGGCUGAAGGUCAUGUAGCACAUGAACACCUCAGGACGCUCAAACGACACUGCCAACUGCGUCAUGGAUGCACACAACACAGGCAGAUACACACGCCAGUACACGUGUCUCAUGUGCACUCUGGCCUCUCUCUCUCUGUGUGUGUGUACCUGGAACCGGUCUCCCGCCUCAUCGUCAUCCUGCUCGUUGAGCGCAUCCGGCAGCCGCACGAAAUGCACAUCGUCGCGGUGCACAACAGUCCCUGCACACAACCACAUCCACAACCACAACCACACAGACACAAAGGGCAUGACACCUGCUGUCUCUCUCUCUCUCUCUCUCUCUGUGGGUGUUUCCCCGCCUCACUGAGUUCGGGUGGUUGUCCCUCGAGGUCCCGCAUGAUGCCCCGCUCGGGCGGCGCGUCCUCGUCGUCCUCGUCCUCAUCCCUAUCUCUGUCCCUCUCACGCUCACGCUUUCGCUUCUUGCGACGCUUCUUCUCACCACCACCACCACCGGCCGCUGCAGCGGCGGCUGCUGCUGCUGCUGGGGCCGGCUGGUCCUCGUCAGACUCCUCACGCUUGAUGGGACGAUCCUGAUGUGGCGACAGAGACAUGUAUGUCGAGAUGGUGUGGGUUGUGAGUGGGUCUCGUACGCCUGCAUACCGCUUUCUGGAGGCGUCCUUUCUUGGCUUUGCCCCCGUGUAUCUCGGGGGUCUCGUCCGGACAGAUGUACGCAGCCUCGAAACCCAUCGCAUCUGAACGACACACACACACGCAGGCACGCACAGGAAGAGAGACACAGACGUCAGGUAGGUCCGUGUAUUCCUCCCUGUUUGCCUGUCUGUUUGUCCUCUCUGCUGACCUUCUCCGGGCCUUUUGCGGUAUUCGAUGUGUUCGUUCAUCCAGCCCUUGAGUGGGCGGAAGCGCACUCGCUUGGGAUACCGCCGCUCGUGCACCUCAUCGUCCCUGUCGCCGCUGUCACCAAUCGCAGCAGCAGCAGCUGCAGCUGCCGCGGCAGCUGGUGGUGGGGGUGGGGGUGAGGGCACCGCGGCGAUGGCGAGCAUGGCCUUCUUCUUGCUGUUGCUCUCACCGUCCCUAUCAGGAAUCGACUUGCGGGCGCCACGCGAAUCGAAAUGGUUGCCGAUGAUCUCGGCCAGCUGAUGGAGGAAGGACACACAGGCGCGUUGAAGGGCAUAUGUGUGUGGAUGUCCGUGAGUCGGCUUACGGUGAGCUUUUUGUAGUCUGGGAACUGUCUGCCAGCGUUGCCCCCCAUGUGUGGGUGCUUGUACACACGGCCGCGGGGCUUCUUGGGAGCGGGGGGCUGCUCGGGAGCUGCAAACCACACACAGACCACACCAACAACCACAUAGGACAAUUGCGUGUGUGUGGUUGGCUGGUUGGUUGGUGAUGUACGUGUGAGUGGGCUGACGCCUCUGUCCUGAGUCAUCAUGAGAGGGAAGGGGUUGUCGGUCGGCCGCCGCUCGCGCAUGUCCUCAUCGCCAUCGCCGUCACCGUCACCGUCAUCCUCACGGCGACGAGACGCUACAACGUUGUUCGAUCCAACACCUUUAUUGACGCAGCAGACAGAGAAAGCAUAAUAUGUGUGUGUGUCUUGUGGGGCAGGUAUGGUAUGUGCUGUCUGCUCUGGGUAGUGUACUGCCUUACCUUGUGAGACGAGCUGUGCCCCGGCCUGCACCUCAGCAGCCUUGGGCUCCUCGUCUCCAUCUCCAUCUCCGUCUCCGUCUCCUGUGCCGCCCAUGCCACCAGCAGCGGCCGCUGCUGCUGCGGCUGGUGGGCCGCCCAGAUCUACACAUACAGACAGACAGGGAGAGAAAGGAUUGUAAAUGCCUGUCUGUCUGUCAGCGUGUGUGCUCACCUAUGUCCAUAGCGUCGCCAGGAUCGUAGUCGUCAUCAUCCUGCUCCUGAGCCCCAGCGCCGUCCCCAUCCCCUUGGCCGUCACCCUCACCCCCAUCGCCGCCUCCACUGCCCCUACGACGACCACCACCGCUAGUACCAGCACCCCGAGACCCCUCACGGCCACCACGCGAGGAUGGACCACCAGCAGGCGCCUCCCCGCCCUCGCCACCAGCACCACCAACAGCCAUAUGCUCAUCUUCGUCAUAGUCGUCCUCAGCCGUGGCGUCGUGUACCGCCGCAUCGUGAUCGAUCUCGUCAAGACGGUCAGCCGCUGGGGGCAGGUGCCGGGGGGCGGGGGGAGGGGGUGACACGGACGGCACGAUGGCGGCAGCCGCAGCAGCUGCUGCUGCCGGCGGUGGUGAUGCCUCGGGAGAGCGCUUCUUCUGCCUCUGGUCGGUCUGCUCCUGGUCUGCGUCUGCAGGCGGCUUGCGUGACGACUGGCGGCUAAUGCGGCUGGACUGGCCUGAUGGCGGGGGCCGCAUGGCAUCGCGGUCGCGAUCGUCCCGCAGCAUCCUCUCGCGAUGCCUCUGCCCACCACCACCGCCAGCCGCUGCGGCCGCUGCUGCUGCUGGUGCAGAUGAAGCCGCCUGCUCCCGGAGUCGUCUCGCGAGUUGCCGGUCGAUGUGCUGGCUGAGCUCCCGUUGCCGUGCCUCCUCGUCUGCCUCCCUGUUGGCCUGUCUGACCUCCUCCUCGGUGACGUCCUCGCCGCCCAUGAAUUUGAGUUCGGGGUCGACCUUCAUCUCGGGGCGGCGCCGCUCGAUCGGCGGGCCGAGGUCCUCGUCGUCAUACAUGCCAGCACGCUUAGACAGCAACUUGAUGCGCUCCAUACGAGCCAACUGAGAGACCACGCAGCCAUCCGACACGAUGGAUCGGUCGCCGGUCCUUGGUGCUUUCAGUUUGCCAGCGUUGUCACGUACCGUGUCUUGUGAGCAGGGGCGUGAUUUGGGUCGGUCGUCGUCCUCUUCCUCCUGCUCACCGUCUCGGUCUCGGUGGCGAUCGCGGCUGGUGUGGCGAUCCCGCUGCUGGUCGCGGUCGCGGUCCUUCAGGCUCUGCACAAAGGUGGGGGCGAUACGACCUGCACACAGACACAGACAUUGACCAACACACAGACAGGGAGGAACAUUGCAACCACGUCGUCUGCCUGAUCUGUCGCCAUUGGCUUACGUGGAGCAGCGCCCCUUUGCGUCUCUUCAUGCUCGUCUCCCUGGUCCUCCUGGCUGGGCGGCCGGUGACCGCGGUCCCCGCCAGUGGGCCGCCGCUUGAGUUUGCCCCCGUCCAGACGACCGAUGCCCAGGUCACUCGAGUCACGCGAUUUGCCCCCAGGUGAGCUGGUGCGGUCAGCAGGGUGGGUAGUGGGGGGGCGGGGAGGGCUGUGGUCGUCCCUCGGCGCCUCACUGGGCGCAGCUGCAGCAGGGUGUGGCUGAGGGUCGCCACGGCGAAAUAGCUGACGACACAAAUAAAUAAAUGGGAGCGUGAAGAGAGUGAGUGAAGGUGUGUGGCGGUUGGUGUGCCUAGUGUGCUCUCGGUCUGUUGCGUACUGGUGAUGGUUUGUGCAUGGGCUCCCUCAUGGAGGCGUUGUUCCGGGGCCGCAUGUCGACGUCCCUCCCAGCACCCUCACCCCCACGGCCCUGCUGUCGCUCCUCCUGGAUGUCCAUCUGCUGCUGCACACCAUCACUGUCACCCUCCCCACCCCGUUGCCGCAUUCUGUCCCUGGCGCGCUGGUCCUGGGAGUCGCGCGUCAAGGGGUGCCGCAUGCCGGCUCCCAUAUCAAGCCCGGUGGCGUGGCCCUCGCCGUUGACACGGAUACCACGGCCACGGCCGUGCUCACGCUCACAGACAUGCUCAUCUAGCUGCGGGGGCUGCAACUGUGGCUGUCCGGAUGGUGUUGGUCUCGGCGGAAUGGCGGCAGCAGCAGCGGGGGCGGGUGGUUGUGGGUGUGGUGUGUCGGUGCCGAUGCCCCUGUUGAUGGGCGUCUGGUUGGCGCCCCGUCUGCUGGCCAUGCCGGGUGUGUAUGGGGGUGGGGGCGAGGUGGGCAGCGGGGAGGGGGCGAGGGACGACGACACACGAGAGGCUUCUGCCGCCUCGGGGGACUGAACGCCACCAAGACUGCAUCAUGGCAUCCAGCACAUGACAGACAAGGACAUGAGUGACAGGCCUAUCUUCUGCCGCAUCUUGCUUGUCUCCCUUACCCAGCAUGAUUCAGCAUCCCUCCUCGUCCGGAGUAUCCCUCUCUUCCCGCCCCUCCAUGGCCACGCUCGUGUGGCUGCGGACUCCCGACCACAGACAGACCGCCAGGCGAGUACUCGGGCGGUGGGCGAGACGGCCGCCGUGACGGUGUGUCACCACCCUCCUCCCCCUCCCCAUCCCGAUUCCCAUUGCCGUCAUUGUCAUCAUCACCAUUGCUCGAGUCCUGCUGCGCCCGAACCCCCCGCGGAUUUAGGAACGACUCCCACUCCUCCUGACCCUCUGCGCGACCUCGUGCUGAUGCCGGGUCAUGUGACUGGGGCGCCGAGGGGUCUUCAGCAACACCAGGGGGCUGCCUGGACGAGGAGGGCAGCCCCUGCCCCCCCGCUGCCGACAUGGCGUCCGCCUCGCCUGGAGUGAGGUCAACGCCCCGCCCGACGCUCCUCUCCAUUGCUGCGGCCGCCUCUGGGGAUGAGAAGAGGGUGCCUCCGUCCUUGACUGAGCCUGACUGCUCUGGGGGCCCUCUGGCUGGUGUGCGAUAGUGGGAGGGGGCUUCAGACCGUGGCGGAGGGGAGAAGGGCUGGCCGUACUCGUCCGCCAGGUGCGGCUCGUCACCCAUGCCGUUGAGCUGCGGAUACGCAAACGCCGCCGGCGCUGUGCCGGCACGACGGUCGCGAGCUGACAAACAGGAAACGACAAACCGAUGAUAUCAAAUUGGUACAGUGUCUGUGUCCUCUGAGUGAGUGGUGCUGUGUCCGUUCUCACCUCCUGGAUCGGGUGACUGGUUGCUGGCACUCGAUUGGUCGAUGUCGUGCCGCAUCUGGUCCUCCCCCGGAGCUCUGCCGACACUGAUGCGGCCACCGGGCAUCUCACCGCCAGCCGCAUGGGGACCAGGGAGGCCCAGCGAGUCGUCCAGGAACGCGCCGGCGGGGUGGGGGAUGGCGGGGUCCUGAGGAAAGAUGGCCACGACACACGGACACCAUCAACAAGGGGAAUGCCUGCUGCAUACGUGACGGAUGUGCAUCUGUGUGUGGGUACACACCUGGUCCUCAGUGUCGAGAGGUGCUGGUGGUUCCUCGUGAGGUCUGGGUGGGCUGUGGCCCUGCAGCAUCUGCUCAAAAUCACCGGGGGAAGGAGGCGCAGCCGCAUGGUAUGGAGGACGCCUGACAAAACAAGACCAGACAACAUGCACACGGCAUAUGAUACACAUGGUGAGAUGACACAUUCAUGUCGUCAGCACAGCUGUCUGUCAGCCAUUGAUCGCUGUUCAGGGUACGCACCUGUUGAGUGGGUCUAGGUUGGGUGGCGGGGUGAACGUCACAGGCGAAGGAGCAUACGCCAUACGAGCCUGCGUCAUUCACACACAUCACAUCCCUAUACGCCCUCAGUCAAUCGUAUGAGACCCUCCCGCCCUUCUCGCCCAAUGCUUACAUCCGGGAUGCCUUCACGACGACCAGACGAACGCUGCAGCAGCCACGCAAACACGGAUUUGCAUCCACGGCCAUGAAUCGCUGCCGCCUUGCGUCGCGCAUCAUUUGGGAGUAUGUUCGCUCACCAUGUUGGAUCUAGCAGCGUCUUGCAGGCGGCUGGAAGCAGCCGCGCACCAUCGUAGGAUCAAACUGGCCUCGCGACGGUCUGCUGGUCCGGCGGAACGAUGCUGAACUUCCAAUUCUUACCCAAUCGUGCGAUACAGCGCGACGGCUAAGGCUACGCUACACUCGUUGAG